AUGCGUCAAAUCUUUACUACGUCAAAUUAUCUUCUCCUUUUACAUACGAUUAUUCUCGACAAUUCAGAUUCUUGUUUUGCUUUUUAUGAUUAUUGGACUAAUAAUUCUUUAACGACUAUAAUACCAAAACUUGAACGAUUGAUUAUAAAGAAAGCUCAAUAUUAUCAAUGUGGUUUUAUUGAUCGUUCACUUAUACCUCUAUCAACUGGUUGUUAUUAUGGAGAAAACAAAUGGUCCUCGUUAUACGAACUGAAAAAUCUGCAAUGGUCACAUACGGUACAAUUAACAUUGACCGUCCAAUUUCCAUUUGAAAUUAUUUUUGUUCUUCAAAAUAAUGCUAUACCAUGUCUCGAAUACUUGUAUAUAACUAUUGAACAUGAAAAAUGUACAAGGGAGCCAUAUAUGAAUGGGCCACAACCACAAAUCGAAUUUUGUGAAAAUCAUAUUCUUCAAAUGGCUGAUGCAACUCGACUUCGAACUCUUGUUUUACGUCAUUUAAGUCUUCAUAAUAUAACAAUUCUAAUUCGUUCUCUCAAUAUGCCUCUUUUGAAGAAAUUGAUAGUUGUUGAAAUAUUUGACGAAACACUUGUACAUUAUGAAGAACUUCGUCAAAUUAUCAAUCACAAGCGUAUACCUUGUUUGAAAGAGUUUUACUUUCUUAUUUGUUUUCCAGAACAUCUCUAUAAAGAAUUUCAAAAGACUAUUGUCAAUACAUUUGAUAGUACAUGGCCUUUUAACAAUCUUGUUUAUCACAUUGAAGAACAACUUCUUCGUUUUUACAAUAUUGAUAAAAAAACGAAAAGAGUCAUUCUUUUCUAUACUUCACCAUUACACAUGUUACUACAAUAUACACGUACUAUUUGUAAUCAUUCAUUUGCACAAUAUUCAAGGCAAAUCAAUCGGCGUUGCAUGAGAUGGAAGUGUAAUGAAGUAGAUAAUCUCACUCAGCUGACAACUACUUUCAACAAACUAGCUGCUGGAUAUGUAGAUACACUUAUUUUAGAAUUCUACGAAAUGAAAGUGAUUAAACGAUCGGAACGUGCUUACAUUAUUGAUCAAAUACUUUAUAUGUCGCCUCGUCUUUCACAACUCACUGUAGAAUGGGAAGAUUUAUCUCUUUGCUCACGUUCCAAUACAAACGUGAAACAUUUACGUCUUCGAUUAAACAAAAAUUGUAAAGAUCCAGAUGUAUACGUUAAUAUUAAUUACCUUGUCCAACUACUACCUAGUAUAUGCUGUCUCGAAACUAGUCAUGGUUAUUUAUCCUUCAAUGAGAAUCUCGUGAAAUUUAUAGUGAAGAUUGUUGAUACCAUCGAUCGACUUGUUCAGUUGGUUAUAAAUAAAAAUGGUUUGUUACGACUUGAUCCAAAAGUUGAAGUAUCAAUUGAACAAGCAAUAUUCAACACUGGUAAUAAGCGACUAUUGAAUUCUAAGAUGUGUCAAAUAAGUUUUCCACAUUUCAACGAACUUCGAAUUUGGUUAUCAUAG